AUGAUGGAUAACUUAGAAGAUAGCAUGAAGAGAGGUAGGUAUUCUACCGAAUUAGAUAGAGAUACUGGUCAGCAUGAGAUUAAUAGGAAAGGUCAAGAAAUACACGCAAAAUAUAGAGAGCAGUAUAUAAAAAUAUUUGAGGAACAAAAAUACAAGCUAGAGGAUAUCAAAAAACAAUUAAGAGAUUUAGGAAUAGCAGAUGACGUAAAGGAAUACACUAAGUUUAAAAAAUAUAACAGAGAAGUGAUGAAUACAGCUGAGGCUGUAUUGUUCAGGUGGGAUGACUUUCGCUAUUAUUCUAUUAUUGAUGUAUUUAAAAAAUGUAAAAAAUUUGAUGAAUCUUCUUUUACAAAUUAUAUCUGCAUACAGAGUGGAGGGGGAGAAGGGGGUGCAGGUUAUGCCGGGAAUGAUGAUGAUCUUAAGAAGAGGUUAUCAAAGUAUAAUUAUCUUAAAGAAAAGUUAGGAGAAAUAUAUUUAAUUAAUAACGAACGAGAAAGAGAAAACAAAGCGCAAGUAUUAUUAAAAGAAAUAAUGAGUGUUCAUUUUGCACAUAUCGAUGAAGAUUAUAACGUAAGAUAUGGUAGCUCUAUACCUAUAUCUGCACUGAAAGCCCUAUUGCCAUAUAAAGGCUUAUUAUUAGAAAUACUAGAAGCACAAAAGCACUUUGAAGUAAAAAAAGUAGAUAAUAUUACAGGGAAAUUAAUCCCAGAUGAGAAGUAUCAAUCACUUAAUAGUAAUGCAGAUAUAGCAAUAUUUAUCCAGUUGUUAAAAGAGUACAAAGAUUUUGGAGUAAAAGAAAAUGACUAA